AGAAAGCUGAAGAAAACGAGAUUUUUAGGGAGCCUCUGAUUUCGGAGCUUCGCCGUUGGUCCCGAACGCACCUGAAGAGGAGAAGGCUACUUAGUUAGCUGGAUAGCGACAGCGUGAAGAUGCAAUUGGCUCUAAGUAAAACGUUUGGCCAGAAGCCUGUUAAAUUUCAGUUAGAACAAGAUGGGGACUUUUACAUGGUGGGCUCGGAGGUUGGAAACUAUCUACGGAUGUUCAGAGGCUCUCUUUAUAAAAGAUACCCAUCUUUAUGGAGGAGGCUGGCCUCUGUGGAGGAGAGGAAGAAAAUUGUAGCAUCAUCACACGCCACCAGUGUUACUUUGCUGAAGGCUUCAGAAUGUGAAGAGAUCUUUGAGGGUAAUGAUGAGAAAUACAAGGCGGUGUCCAUCAGCACAGAGCCCCCAGCCUACCUCAGGGAGCAAAAGGCAAAGAGAAGCAGUCAGUGGGUCCCCACGCUGCCAAACAGCUCUCACCAUCUUGAUGCUGUGCCUUGCUCCACCACCAUCAACCGUAACCGAAUGGGCCGUGACAAGAAGAGGACCUUCCCCCUGUGCUUCGAUGACCACGACCCUGCAGUGAUCCACGAGAAUGCAGCCCAGAUAGAGGCUCUGGUUCCCAUUCGUCUCGACAUGGAGAUAGAUGGGCAGAAACUACGAGAUGCCUUCACAUGGAACAUGAAUGAGAAACUGAUGACCCCAGAGAUGUUUGCAGAGAUUUUGUGUGAUGAUCUGGACCUAAAUCCUCUGGCCUUUGUGCCAGCCAUUGCCUCAGCUAUUCGUCAGCAGAUUGAGUCCUAUCCCACUGACAGCAUACUCGAGGAGCAGGCAGACCAAAGAGUCAUCAUCAAGCUGAAUAUCCACGUGGGUAACAUCUCUCUGGUGGACCAGUUUGAGUGGGACAUGUCAGAGAGAGAGAACUCUCCAGAGUCAUUUGCACUGAAGCUGUGCUCUGAGCUGGGACUGGGUGGAGAGUUUGUCACCACUAUUGCCUACAGCAUUCGAGGUCAGCUCAGCUGGCACCAGAGGACCUACGCCUUCAGUGAGAACCCACUCCCCACAGUAGAGAUUGCCAUUCGCAACACAGGCGAUGCAGACCAGUGGUGCCCCCUGCUGGAGACUCUCACAGAUGCUGAAAUGGAGAAGAAGAUCCGAGACCAAGACAGGAACACGAGGCGUAUGAGACGACUGGCCAACACCGCCCCUUCCUGGUAGAAAGAAACAGGGAGCUGCAUCAAGCGAUGUGUCCUCUGGAGACUCUUGUUACUCUGAAGCGAUCAAGUAAAUACACACAGAGUUACACACACACACGGGUCAUCCUUAAAGCAUCAACGAAACAUCUGGACAAGCAUGAACACAGACAUGUGGUCAGUCUCCAUGGACACCUCAUUGACUGAACACACAUCCAGACAUUCCUCUGCACACACAGUCUGCCGUUACCAUGUUUCACUCUCAUUAGCUAAUCAGUCAUGGCAGCAGCUCACAUCUAUCUAACCAGUGUUUAAUACUAAAGGAGAUUCGUCUGAUGUCUGUUACACACACCUCACCAUGCAACAUUCACUGUACACUUGCCAGGUCAAAACACUUGCCAUUGAGUUUAAUGUAUCUGUAUGGAUGGUGAAAUGGCACCCUGAGUCUGUGACCUCACACUGAUCGGGGCAGCAUUUGUGUAAGACUACCAGGGCAGUUCUGACAACUACAAGUUUAACAUGUGCAGGUUACUAACAGAUCUGUCAUUUUCUCUGUCAGUUAUCAUCUGCACAGCAGCUGAAAGGCAGAAGUAUCAGGUUUAUUAAGGUCCUGUCCUAACCAGCAUCUAGUAUUGUGCUGCACAGCAGAGCAAUUUAAAUAGUCGAAGAAGGCAAGCACAGAUGCAGCUAACAUUAAUGAUGGCUCUGUUACAGUACUCACAGAUGGAAAGCACUCAAAGUAAUAUUAACAACAGCUGUGCUUUUCUGGUGCCUGCUGGUACAAAUACAUCACAGUAUUUCUGUUCCCCGUGAUCAGCAGGAGGGUUCACUGAUCCUGGAUGUCCUGUAGAAGUGAAAGCAUUAGUCAAUCAAUCCAUUUGCCAAUCAACUGAAGUAUGAUUAAUUAUUUAGAAAAUUGAUUCAUUGUUUCAGUCAUUUUCUAAACAAAAACACUAAAGAAAUGUCAAUCUUUUCAUUUUUAAAGAUUCUAAUAUGAGAGGAACUGCUGUUCUUUUUUCCAUAUAUAAUUCUAAACAGAUUCACUUUGGAUUUUGGACUUUUACUGCUGAGAUAAAACAAGAUAUUUGAAGAUAUAACCAUGAUACAGAGUUCCAAAAGGGACACUCUGCCUAUUUCAGACCUUCCUGUGAUGUUGGACCCACUUAUAGUGUGGUCAGAACAAGCAGAGAUCUGGUUCUUAAUAGAACUGACAGGAUCCAGGAGCUUGAUAGUCAGUAUGAAUAAGAUUGGCAUUUUGUAAUCCUCUGUACCAGAAAUAAUAAACUAAAUUAAUUUUGUGAACGUUGUGUAUCGAGUACAACAGAUGCAGCUGCCACAGAUCACAGACAGCAACAGUAGCAUUUCAGGAUGUGAACACUGCGGUGACGUGCUGUUUACAUAAAGUAGCAACUCAAAACUCUCACCGUGAACGCUAGACAAAUCUGGAUAUCUGUGUCUGAGCUGCUUACAUCUGUUUGGCGUGUUUCUUACUUUCGCUAAAAAUGCUAAGAACGGGCAAACUUAUUACUGCAGCUGCACCACCGCCAUUCCACAUGUUUUUAUUGUCCAUUAUCUCUAGUACCUUCUGAAUCCAUUGUACCUUCACUACCCACGGUGCUACAGAAAACAAGGACCAUCACGUUUUAAGAAAUUUGGUAUUGGCUUGGUACUAAAGUGCUGGUUCUUAUGACGUAAUCAAUACAUAAUUGUAGUCAUUUUGCAGCUCGGCCUCCCUCUAUGGAUAAGCGGAAGUGCGUAUGAACAUAAAGAAACAUUAAAGAAAGAAAACUUCCCUUCAUGACCAUAAUACCAUGAUCUUUUUGGGAGUUCCAGACCAUGGGAUUAGGUUGAAAUGAGCAUCAAUUCACUACUUUGCGAUUUUAAAGCAUUAAAGAAUUCAAACAGGACUUCAAUAUCAAGACGUUGUCAAUAAGCAACCCCCCAGGACUGAGCAUUAUGCCUGCAUGUGUGGGUGUUGGACAGUAGGAGGACCAGGGGAGCCAACAAAAAUAAAGGAUGGUCUGAUCAAAAUAGUCUGCAAAGAAAAAGUUUAAAAAACUUCAAAAAUGCAGUACCAACAUCCAAACCCUACAUGUAGAUGCUUUAAUAAAUGUUGGUAAUUGGCAGCUUCUCUGUGCUGUGGUUAAUAUUAGUGGGACGUCCUGGUCAUAACACAGUUAUCCAGACCAGGUUUACUCACGUUGCCUGCAGCUCAGAUCUGUUAAGUGUUUGCAGCCAAUUGGGGCCGAGCUGCUUUGGUUUUAGCAUGUGUGUUCUGGUCUUUAUUACUGAUUCUGGUCAGCUGUGUGCACCUGUGUCCAUCUGCAUGCCGAAACAUAGUUAACUCAUACUGUACAUUGUGCAUGAGGGACGGACUGUUCCCACUGUUACUUCUGUUUGCACUGUGCCUCACAUUUUAUCGGUGUCAGCACACUGCGGCUUCUGUUUUUGGCUAGUAGAGGGGGGAGACCAAGCUGACAAGAACCAAUGGUGUCUUUUAAUGUGAUGAUUUUCAACUUGAACAUACUUUAAAGAAUGAUGUUAAUGUAUGUACUGUUGCUUCUCAUUCUCUUCUUUUGUAAAAUUGCUUUACCUUUUUAGUGGACUUGUUUUUUAUAUGAAAAGUAACAAUAAAGACAACUUGUUGUAAAAGGUU